GAUGUUUACCCGGAAGUGAAACAAGCUAUCGUCGCUUUACCUCUGGCUUUACUGAUAGACCCGUGGAACGCUGCUGUACCAUAAGUUCGGUAGAAAACAAAUUGAUAGUUUGUAACGCUGCGAACUGUUUGUAGCGCAGCGGAUGAUACUUCUAGAUACAGUGUCUACUAUACGAACUAUCCAAGAGAUACCUGAGCAACACUGGAAGAAAAAUCGGCACGCCAACAAGGGCUGUUAGCCAUGUCUGCUGCCGUUGAAAUUAAGACAAAGGAGGAAAAGGAUGCUGAGCUUGACAGACGGAUCGAAGCACUUCGUAAAAAGAACCAGGCUCUAGUCAGGAGGUAUCAGGAAAUAGAGGAGGACAAGAAAAAGGCAGAGGAUGAGGGCAUUGCCGUGACACUUCCUCGAAGGACCCGUGGUGGCCAUGAGCACGAUGACUGGCCAAAGCCUGAGAAGGAAAGCUUCACUGUGACCGUAGACCUCUCCAAACCUGGAGCGGUAAACCGCGUGGUAAAUGACCGGAGAGCAGCAGCUCCGCACGUCUCAGAGAAGGGCGAUGCUCCCCGGUCAGGUGGUGAAGGCCCGUCUCACAGGCCUGGGAUGGUGUGGGCAAGGGGUGGGCAGAGAGGUGGAGGUCCUCGGCCAGAGAGGAGGGACCCCCGGCCAGAGAGACACGACCCCCACUCUGACAGACCACCGAGAGACGAUGAGGGGGGAGAAAGGCCGGCCCGAGGGGGUCGCGGUCCACGUGGUGGGAGGAGAGGGCGAGGUGGCCCAGGCCCAGGCCCAGGCCCAGACACAGACAGAAAAUCUAAGGAGUGGGAGGAGAAAAGGAGACAGAACAUUGCUAUGAUGAAUGAGGAGAUGGAGAAAAUCGCUGAAUAUGAAAGAGGUCAAAAGGCCGAUGGUGAAAAACCCAUCAGAAACUUUCUAGAUGACCCACGUCGCUCUGGCCCAGUCCCAGACAUGGAUCGCAAAGAGGGCAGCCGCCGGCACGUCCGCAACUGGGGUGGGCUGGACUUUGAGAGUGUGAAGACAGGAGCUGAGAUGGAGAAGGAGUGGAUGAGUCACCGGUCAGGAGGCAAAGGCUCAGUAGACAUGACUCUGUCCAUGACGGGCCGAGAGCGUGCCGAGUACCUGCGCUGGAAAAAGGAACGGGAGCAGAUUGACGAGGAGCGGCUGGCUCGUCAUCGUAAUGCCACGGGUCAGUGGAGACGAGAAUGGGACGCUGAGAAGACAGACACUAUGUUUAAGGAGACCCCUGAAGGAGCUGGUGACCUCACGCCAAGACAAGGUGGCAGAAGAGAUGAGAACAAAAGAGCCCCCAGGGCACCGAAGUUUGGGGAUUUCUUGGGAAGCGGCUCUCGAGAUGGGGACCGCAAGGGUAGAGUCCCCAAGAAGGGACGAGGCCAGGACAACUAUAGCAUGCACGAUAAUCGCUGGAAAUCAGAAAAAGAGGAGGAGAAAGGGCAGGAAGAGGAACAUGAAACAGGAAAAGAAAAACCUUCCAAUGAGACGACUGAGGUGAAGGAUGAGGUGGAAAAACCAGCUCCCGCAGGGACUUCAGAGGCCGGCACAGCAGAGGAGGACGAGGACGAGUGGGAGGACGCCAGUGACGGAGACGAUGAAGACGAAUUGGAGGACGCCCCCGACACGCCGCCACGGGCGCCCGCCACAUCGAGCCCGAAAGAGAGGCGCGCGCCGGUGGUCCACAUCCCUCCCCCGCAGGAUGCCCAGGCGUCUCCAGAGGGGGGUAAGCCACUCAGCCCCUUCUCUCCUCUGGAGGGCCAUCAGCCCGUCACUGACUGGGGGGAGGAGAUGGAGAUGCAGUACCCCCGCACCAGCAUGGAGGAAAGCCCACUCAGGCCUAGCAGCAGCUCAGAGACUAACACCAGUCAGGAGAACAAGGGACAGGACUCAACAGCACACACAGACGACUUUGCAGUCGCUGCAGAGGUGGUGGAUAAGACCACUGAAGCACCUGCCGAAGAGGCCAUCCAGCAGUCCGAUUCCUCCUUGCCACCCAAGGAAGAACAGACUGAUGACGCACAGGCACCCAACGCAUCAAAGGACGCUGAGGAUGCUGAGGAUGUUGUGUCCCCCACCACAGAGCCACCACCGAAUGAAGCAGAAGAAAAUCCCCCCGAUCAGCCUGCCUCAGGUUGAGAAGAUUUGCUGCAAUCAGGUAUACCAUGGCAAAGGGACGUGGAGAACAAAAUGGGUGGGUUCAGAUGGAAGUCAAUCAUAUGUGACAACAGCCGUGGACUAAUGAGAAAAGAGGUGAAAUCAGUCAUUGUCAUAGACUACUGCUGACUAUCACCACCACAAGCGUGUUUGGCAAUUCUCAUUAUAAAUGAAAUGGCAGGGCUGGAUUUUGCAAUCAAUAUAAUUUCAAAUCAUGUGUUACUAAAUGUACAUACUGCAGUCUCUGCUCAAAGAUUAUGGCUUUAGCAAUGGCUACUAUUCCUAAGCCUUGUGUAACUUUUUAAUGUGUUCUCUGCAACUCUGAAUGGAUUUGUGUACUAUGUAUUCGUGUUACAUGAAUAGCACUAUUACAUCCACUGAGUGUAUUUGUAAAUUGCAUCAUUGUUUAUUGUAGGGUGACUGUAGGGACAAUCUGUGCCCCUUUAAGGCAUAGAUUGAUGCUUACCUAUAGGUAUCCUUUAUACUGUGGCCACUUUUUGAAUUGAAGCUUUUCUUUUUUCCCCUAAGAGUUAUACACACAGAAAUCUUCCAUUUACAGGGCUAAGGACAUUGUUUACCUCAGUUGGAAUAGCUAUUCAGUUUUAAAAAAUUAAGUUUGAAAGAUUUUGAAAUGAGAUUGUUUGGUAUUUUUUCUAUGUAUGCGGUCUGCAUUCCUUUCAGUGUGUGAGUGUGUGUAUGUGUGAGAAUUUUAGUUUUUAAUAAUUUGUUUUAGCAAUUCAGACUUUAUUUUUACUGUAAGCAAAACACCUAUGAAUGUGUUCAAACUGUGUGAGACUCAUACAUUUUAAAAUAAUAAUAAAAAAACGUCCCUAUAAUGAUUUUUAUUUUUACGUUUUUUAAAAUAGGAGCUUCAACUAGGCCUGACAUUUUUGAUUAGCUAUGCUUGAAGGUUGCAUGUUUGUAUCAUGCUACCAGAUGUAUUUCACAAUCAGGGUGAGCGCUUGAGAUUACCAAGAUAAGUUAUGUCUGACCUAUGUCUGUGUACCUCAAAAUACAUGAUCAUGUUUGACAA